UGACUUGCCCAUGACUCCCCCUGAAUCGCCCGUCAGGCAGUCCAUCGUCGCAGCUGAACAGAACGAUGCCAUGGACGUCAUAUCCGAGCCAGACAUGCUUCCAUCGUCCGCCUUUGGUCGAGAGGGUGGCAUGUCUGAUAAAAUUUCUUGUAACGAACAGUCGUCAUGGUGGGAACAAGGCGAGAAACCGGUCUUUGGAAGCGGGAGCACGCUAUCCGGAUCUUAUUCGACAAAACCCAAGAAACAUGCUCGAUCAAGUAGUAGCGGUUACUUUUGGACCAAGAAAGAAAACGAUGGAGAGCGAAAGAGUGUGCUCG